UACAGAGCAUUUAUACAAGCAAAUUAGCUCAAUAUUUUAGUACGACUCCUCUUCUUUAGACAAUCCAAAAUGGUUCUCCAAACUGAAAGCUACCCUGCUCCUGGCUUCAAGCAGCAACAAAGCUACUAUAAUGCGAACGACUUCUACUCCUCUGAGGACAAAUAUAACAGCAACUACGGCUCAAGCAUGCAAAUGACAAAGCCUUAUGGUUAUCCCAGCGUAACCACUCCUCAGCGCACCCAACAUCACAUGAUGAUGAGCCAAGGCGGCUAUAGCCACGACGAUGAUAGCUGGUACAACAAGGACAAAUACCAAACUGGCUAUGGUCAACACAAUAGCCAUGCCCAAUAUGGGCACAUGUCCCAUGAUUCCUCAAACUUUUCCAGCGAUAAUAGUGGCUAUGGAAGUGGAAUGCAGCACUCUAGUUCCCACAUCGAUGGUGGCUAUGGGAGCGGAAUGCAGCACUCUAGCUCCCGCAUGAAUGGUGGCUAUGCGAGUGGAAUGCAGCAUUCUAGUUCCCAUAUGAAUGGUGGCUAUGGAAGCGGAAUGCAGCAUUCUAGUUCCCUCAUGAAUGGUGGCUAUGGGAGUGGAAUGCAACAUUCUUCCCACAUGAAUAAUGGCUAUGGGAGUGGAAUGCAACAAUCUUCUUACUCUCAUAUUCCUAGGGGAUUGGGACCAACAGAACACGCUUCUCCCAAAUACUAUGGACAGGAUUCCGAUAGGGGCCCUGGUUACUAUGAGCAGAACAGCAAGAAUACUGAUAUGUGGAAUUUGAAGAGUUUGGAUGAUUAAAUUCCCAUCUCUUUUAUACAAGGUGAAACUGUGUGCUUCGGUUGAGGCUUUGGCUAUAUCACAAACGCCUGUAACCUAAAUAACAAAUAUAAACAACCCUGCUGCUAUCUAGUUAUCUAUGUAUUUGCUUUUUUAUAACUAAACUAAGAAUAAUUUGAAUUAUACGUAGCUAUAAUGA